AUGGAGGUUGAGCCGGCCCAAGGGGAGCAGCAGCGACAAAAGAUCUUGUCUCUGUUUUUUGCAAAGAGGGCCGAGCCUGAAAAACUGCAGAAGCUCGUGGUCACCUUGCAGUUCGCGGCAAAGAAUGCUCGUCCGCUGUCCACUCUGGACAAUCAACCUCCUCUUGCUCCGAUCCUGGAUGAAUGUGUCAGGGAGAUCCGGCUAGCCGUCGACUUCCCCUUGCCGCCGGACGAGGGGGAGAGGGAAGCUCCAGCCCUGAGCCUGCUGGAUCAGGAGAUCGCAAAGAUCGCUGAGAAGACUGCUGCCGGUGACCCGGACGUCGUGCAGCACUCGCUGGUUUUUCUGCGGCAUCCGAUCGCUCUGACAUUCGUCAAGGUCGUUCCUACUGCCAAGCACCACUGUCAGGGCUACGAGUAUUUGGUCUGCAUGGCAGACGUUUGGUGGAUUCUGGACAUGUCCGUGAGCUACUAUGCAUGGUUCGGAAAGAACCUACACAAAGGCCUUUUCUCGGAGGCUUCGCAGCGAUGGGAAGUUUCCAUGCGCCACUUGGUAAGAACAGACACAUACAAGGGCGAGCAUGAAUCAGUUUACAUGCUGCCUGGUGUCAAACACGAUUGUUCUAGCUCGCUGGGUUUGCUGCUCGUGUUCGCUAUGUUGACUGUCAUUCGUGGCCUUAGCCUCGAGACACAGAAGAACAUCAUUGGAUUCUUGCGAAAGAUUUUCUCCCUGGUCAAGAUGGAUUGCUUGGCCCUCCUGCCGGACUGCAGCUUGCAGGUUCAGGAGGGAUGUGUCAGCAUCAAAAAGUUCUUCAAGAAGUUCGGAGCAGAUGCUACGCGAAUCUUGAACAAAAGGUGGGAAAGUGCCUUGGCACUAGGUCACUCCAGAUCCAACUACCGGGGCAAAGUCGCAAUUGCUGAUGUUUGGUUCUUCAUGUUUAGGCUGCAGCCAGAGGAAGCAUUGCAGUGCAUCCCGAUUGAGCGGGUGCAGAAGCGGCUCCUCCACAUCCUCGCACAGGCAGUCGAGAGGAGCUGUGCAGAUGGUUCCAUCAAGCUCCACACAAGCCCUGGACUCUCCGAGGAUAUGGACGGCCAAUCUCCGUAUUCCAGCGGCAAUGCGAGCCGCACGGCCAACCUUGUUCGAGAACAGCUCUUGACUCGAUUUCUUGCACGUGGCAGCGGAUUUAUAACAGGCAUGCAGAACAAAGAUAACAAGGACAUCGUGCCGGAUAAACUUCCAGGCACGAAAUCCCGCAACCUUCAAGGGGUCGCAGCGGAUCAAUUUGUGACGGCAUAUUUUGCAAGCUCUGCAACUCUCCUGUUGGAGCGGCUUCAGAAACAGGUCUUCCGACACUUGACAUGGUACGAAGAUGCAUCGUCCGUGGCCACUCACAAUGUCCUGACCAUCCACUGCUCUUGUGAUGGCUUGAUUAUCACUUGUCCUCUGAGCUUGCUGCCGGCACUGAAGACCACCAAAGAGACGACGAUCCAAGAAAACUUGGAGACAGUCGAGGCCCUGGGAGAUUUGGCCUCUCAGAAUCCAAAGAGCCUUCGAAAAAAUCUCUGUAAGGACGAAAAAGUGUCCACCAGACAGAAGAUGUUGGCCUUGAACCACUCGCUGCACCAGCUCGUUCGGUUCCGGUUGUCGGACGCUCUUCCGGCUCGGAAGCUCAGGCCAGUCAAGGAGGGCGAGACCCGGCAUUAUGUUCAGAAAGACGGGCUCAAGCGAGCUUAUCUUUGGCAUGCUCAGACAAAAGCUGCAACAUGGCAAUCGACGGAUCAUGUGGGGUUCGACAGCUGCCUUCGGCUCAGCUGCUUGCAAGACGAAGGCGACACAAGCAUGGCCGUUCAGAUGGCCAAUCACGGCCUCUCCAUCAUGAUCCAUAGAGAUUCCAUGCAUAAGCUCCACCGCGAAGAAUGUUUGGCCGCUCAAGACGUGCCCGAGGUCGCUCUCUCCAAGAAGCAGGUGCUCCUGAUCAUGAAGUACGACAAGGCUCCGUGGAAGACCUCGGCCUUCGGCCGACGGUUGCGGGAGGCGAGGGAGCUUGUGGAGGCGAUCCCGUGCACGCACCGGCUGGUGCAAAUGGUCGCUCCCGGCAUUCUCCACGAUUUGGGGAUGGACCCGGCCUCUCCUCUCGAGGCAGUGAAGGACGUUCUCGUCAAGUACGCCAAGGGUCAUCUGGGCACAGGAUCAGACCAUAGUUCCGGGAGAUGGGCCGAUUAUGUGGAUUCCUUCGGGCGGCUCCGCAAAGAGUGGCACUUGCGGCUCUUUUUCAUGCUCUAUGCGGACGUUCUGGAAGGCAAGAAUCCGCUGCACUGCCUGGCCGCUCGCACGGACGAUGACAAGGCUCUUGGCCCUCAGGUCAUCAAGGUGCCUUGGACACAGAACUUGGCAGGUUUUCGGAAUGUCUGA